AUGGGCCUGCACGACCUCCUCUCUCGGCAGCCCGAGUCGUAUGUCAAGAAGAAGGAGUACUCCUUCCACAAGACCCUCGGCGAGGGCUCCUUUGGCGUCGUGCGCUCCGCACUAUGGAAGGCCGCCGAACCCCCCAUCAACGUCGCCGUCAAGGUCAUUUCGAAAAAGAUCCUAAAGGGCCACGACGAAAUCGUAAAGGACGAAAUGGACGUCCUCCGCGGCCUCGAUCAGCCCCACGUCGUAAAGUUCCUCGACUGGUUCGAGAGCAAGGACAAGUACUACCUCGUCUUUGAAGAGGCCACCGGCGGCGAGCUCUUUGAGCGCAUCCUCGCAAAGGGACGCUUCACCGAAAACGACGCCUGCCAGACGAUCCGCGCCGUCCUGUCGGCCAUUCAGUACCUCCACCACCACAACAUUGUCCACCGCGACAUCAAGCCCGAGAACAUCCUCUACCGCACAAAGGAGGAGGACGCCAACGUCGUCCUCGUCGACUUUGGCAUCGCCGCCCACCUCAAGGACGAGAGCGAGAUCCUCACCACCGUAUGCGGCAGCUUCGGCUACGCCGCACCAGAGAUCCUCGCCAAGAAGGGCCACGGCAAGGCCGUCGACAUGUGGAGCCUCGGCGUCAUCACCUACACAAUGCUGUGCGGCUACACGCCCUUCCGCUCCGACGACCCGGCGACGCUAGCAGCAGAGACGCAGCGGGGCAAGAUCGAGUUCCACGACCGGUACUGGAAGAACAUCUCAGCAGAAGCCAAGGACUUUGUCAAGUCGUGCCUGACGGUCGAUCCAAAGAAGCGCAUCACGGCCGACGAAGGCAUCGACCACCCCUGGUUCACGUCGCACACGGCCGCGCCCUCGUCGCACGACAUUUCGGCGGGCCUACGCGAAAACUACCGCAAGAGGUGGAAGUCGGCCAUUGCGGCCGUGCGCGCCUCGACCAAGUUCAAGACGUUUGCCGCCCUCAAUGCGUCGUCUUCGGGCAAUCCCUCGGCCGACGUCGAUGGGGAGCAGCAACAGGGGCAGCAGGGGGCGUCGCAGGGCAAGGCUGCCUCGCCGUUCGGAGGGAGGAGGUCGCCGACGGAUUCCCACUCGAGCUCCGUCAGCAACAUGGACGUCUUCCAUGCCCACUCGUCUUCGUCGUCGUCGGAGGCGCCGACGCCGCAGCACAACGACGCAACGCAGGCACGGGCACACGACGACGAAGACGCCGAUGCCGACGCCGACGACGACGUGUGGCACGAGACGAGCCAGGAGGGAGAGGGGCAUACCUCGUCGUCGAGCGGCAUCGACAAGCUCAAACGCGGCCUCGAAGAGGUCCACCUCAAGUCGCCGCCGCCGUCGUCGUCGUCUUGA